ACAGAAAGAGAUCACACUUGUGCCGGAUGUUCGCUAAAUAUUGAGGAGGAAUCUUAUGUGGAGGCUUUGAGUUAUGACUGGCAUCCUCAAUGUUUCAGGUGUUCAAAGUGUGAAAAGUGCCUCUCUAACUGGUACUUUGAGAGGAAUGGCCGACUUUACUGUAAACAAGAUUACUGGACUCUAUUUGGAGAUGCCUGCAACAAGUGUACUGAGACAAUUACAGGUCCAGUUAUGGUGGCAGGCGAGCACAAGUACCACCCAGAAUGUUUUGUCUGUUUUAACUGCAAUAAUUUUAUAGGAGAUGGCGAGACUUAUGCACUGGUAGAACGAUCCAAGUUGUUCUGUGGGAAAUGCUACAAAGCAGUGAUGUCACCCCUAGGGGACAGUCCAGGAAGAAGGAAGACUCACUGUAUACAGUUGGUAGAGCUUCCUCCCACUCCAGAGGCAGAAAAUCAUGGUCUACAAUAUUCAGUGGAGAACCGCAUGUCAAGUCUGAGUCCCCGGGCGAGAGAGAGUCUGUCUGUAUCACCAAUGAUAAAAAUUACAGACUUAGACCAGAGCCCAGAGUUGGAGUCACUUCAAAUAGGGGAUCGGAUUUUAGAAGUAAAUGGUCUUAGUGUCCGUGACAGUUCUCUGGAGGAGAUUGACUCGGUUCUGAAGCACACUAAAGACGUUCUCCACCUGACCGUAGAAAGAGAUCCUUCACCUCUCAGGUGUCAUCCUCCUGACAACUCCACAUGUUCUCUCUCCGAGAGUUCCUCCCCCUCCCCAACAUCACCUACCACCCCACAGUUCAUCAACGUAAAUGGGGUCAAUGUUCAACGACGCCCAAAGUCACGUCUUAGUGCCAAACAUUUAAGUCCCUCUCGCCGUCGCAGUAAGUCACCCUCCCCUAUACCUCCAAGUCGACAAAAAAGUGUUGACUUGUCACGUGCUAGCUCUCUACGACAACAGCCUCAAACCCACCGUGUAUUCCGAGCAUCUGACCUGAUUCAUGGUGAGGUGCUUGGCAAGGGCUUUUUUGGUCAGGCAGUAAAGGUCACACACAGGGUCACAGGGGAGAUAAUGGUGCUAAAGGAGAUGUGUCGCUUUGACGAGGCGACACAGAAGUCUUUCCUAAAAGAGGUAUCGGUGCUAAGAAGUCUAGACCAUCCUAAUGUUCUCCAGUUCCUAGGGGUGCUGUACAAAGAUAAAAAACUUAACCUAGUAACAGAGUUUAUGGCUGGUGGAACUUUAAAGGAAUUGCUACAUGAUAUGACAAAGCCCUUGUCCUGGACCAGACGCAUUAACAUCACUAAAGACAUCUCUAAUGGCAUGGCCUACCUUCACAAGAUGGAUAUCAUUCACAGAGACCUCAACUCCAACAAUUGUUUUGUCAAGCAGGACUUGACGAUAGUAGUGGCUGAUUUUGGACUGGCAAGAGUUAUUCCAGAUGAGAGGUACCGACGGCCAGAUACAAGUGCCACCAAACCUACUCGAAGUGUGGCCAAGAGAAGAUUUCAGAGGAAGAAGAGGUACACGGUAGUGGGAAGCCCAUACUGGAUGGCUCCAGAAAUGAUGACGGGCAAGUCCUAUGAUGAGAAAGUCGACUUAUUUUCUUUUGGGAUCGUCAUGUGUGAGGUGAUUGGUCGAGUGUUUGCUGAUCCAGAUUACUUGCCCAGAACUCUAGACUUCGGUCUGAAUGCUGAAGCUUUCUACGAGAAGUUCUGUACAGAUACAAGUUGUCCUGCAGCAUUCUUCAAGGUGGCCGUCAUGUGUUGUCAAAUGACCCCGGAUAACAGACCAAGUUUUGAGAUGGUGACCAUGUGGUUUGAUAGUCUGUCAUUCCACCUGGAACAUCAAGGAGCUCUACCUGCAGAUCUCAAGGGUGAUCCAGUACAGUUUUACUUCUCUCUCAAAGACACACUACACCCAAAGAAACUAGACAAACAAACGUCCUCUUGUCCAGAUUCUACCAAACCACGUAGCCGGCGGUCAAGUCUCCACAUCAUCAAUGAAAAGACUGUAGACCAAGUACCACACAUGAAGACUCCGAAUAAAACUGACAAUUGUGUUAAGAGUGUGGACCAAACAGACAUAUGUUCAAAGUGUCAAGACCAACAGCAGAAUCCAGUUAAGGGAGGUGAUGAUAAACCUACUAAUUCUUGUCAAAAGUGUGAAAAAAUAUGGAAAUCUCAAACAAAUGGGGAUAGCUGUGCUAAAUGUUGUUCUUUGAAACAUGAAGUUUUUGCGGACUCGCAAAAGUCUACCGCGUCUAGAAAUAUGUGUGAUUCCAAAGUAAAGAAUGAAACAAUACAUGAUAAAUCAUCAACCAAUCACAAUCAUGCAGUUGAUAGCUCACAAGUGACCCAGGAUUUAAAAGGUGAAACACCUGAUCUUGUAGCUUCUGAUUCAGUGAAUGGUAGCUGCCCUAAGCUUACAUCAGUGUGUAAAGAGGAGAGUAAGUCAGAUAUUGAAAUGUCAUUUGGUGCUACAAACAGUGACAGUAGAAGCUCAACACCGGAGGAACCGCAUUGUAAAAAGCCUGCCAAUGAUUUUGUCACAAAACCCAUUCCAUCAGAAAAUGAUACAAACUUGCCAAAUUGUAACACAAAUGAAUCAUCAGAACAGGUUAGUAAUGAUGCCAUAAAUGACGCUGACUCUGCCACCUACCUUCAGAAAGUGAACCGUUCUCCAUCCUUUGUCAGUUCCUGCACUAUAACACUGUCUCUUCCUCGGGAGAUGAUGACCUCAGCCUCUGUCUGUGGAGAGGAGAGUGAGGAUCAUACAAACAGAUCUCCCAGCCCAAACACCACUGUCUCUAACUUACAUACAACUAUUCCACAAGCACCACUUAGUGAAGAGGAGAGUGAGGAUCAUACAAACAGGAGAUCUCCCAGCCCAAACACCACUGUCUCUAACUUACAUACAACUAUUCCACAAGCACCACUUAGUGAAGAUGAAGAUCCAUCUGUGAAAUGUGACAUGAAUGAUUAUGCCUGUGAAUCCUCUUUAGGAUCGUCAGCUCGAAGACAUUUGUUCUCAACAACAAAGAAUUCAACCGACACAAAGGACCCUGUAAAUGUGUUACCACACAGCUGCUCCUCUUCUGAUGAGCGAACAGCCUCGUUUUCACUUGGUGUACAUCCUAUAGAUUCCGAUGCUAGCAGCAGCUUUUACGAGAGUGGACACGCUGACGAUAGUCUUUCUGAUGACAGUUUGUUAGAAUUUACAUCUGCAGUGUAACCACAUUUAAAUGUAUCACUGUUUACCAUCAGGUCUGAGAGAUGGUAGUCUGUCUGAUGACACCUUAUGGUACUUACCAUUCUUAAAUUAUUGCAUGAUUGUCUCUCUAAUGACAGCUUUGUUAGAUUAUACAGUUUAAUUAUUCUUAGAUCAUCAAAGCUAUGAUAGAUCAUUUGUAUGAUAAUUAUUUAAUUGAUGGAAAAUUCUCGGAAAUAUAUGCAGUAGUCUCCCCUUGAUAUAUACAAAGUUUGACUGGAAUUAAUAGUUGUCACUUUUACCUCAAAUAUGAAGAAAUAUCUUUUAGAGGUAAGAAAGGUUUCACAAUCUCUUGAGAUGUAAUGGUAUUGUUUUGUGAUUAUUUAACAUUUGAAAUAUUUGAACGUUAACUUUAAUGAACUCAUUGAAGAGGAAUUUAAUGAGUCGUCAUAAUAUUAUAAUGAGUGUGAGUUAAAGAGAAUUUUUAUAUUGUAAAUAUCACUUUGUUGAAGGAAGGUUUUGAAAGGGAAAAAUGGAUGAAAGGUCAAGUUAAGGUAACCCAGAUACAGAAGGUAUGAAAAGGGAAGAAAUAAAUGUAUGUUUGUACAAGGAAGAAUUUGAUAUGACAUAUGGAUGUGUGAGAUAAUGGACCAAUGAAGCGGCCUGUGAUUCUUUUUGUUCAUUCCGCAUAAUGAUAAGGCAGAAUGCCUUUCAUUUGAAUUUUUAUUUGUGUCAGUGUUAUACUUUACAUACACAAUAUAUAACUGGAGCAGGAUUUUUUUAUCACUUUUACAUGUAUUUGUAUUUCAUUGUUUUAACUGGAAUCUGUUGUUUAUGAAUUGUUACAACUACAAUGAGCUGUUUGCUUUUGUGUUUGCUUACUUGAUAUUUGGAUUACCUAUUCCAUGUGCCUUGGUCAGCAGCUAAAACGUUUAUGUAAAAGGGAAGAUAACUUGCUUCAUGGAAUUGUUCCAUGUGCCUUGGUCUGCAGCUAAUAUGUUAAUGGCAAAGGGGAGAUAACUUGCUUCAUUUACAUUAAUUUUAAUUUAUUCUAUAAAUGUCUUUGGUCAUGUCGUUUUUAUAUCUUUAACUUACCCAGUUAUUCUGAUGUAAAGGUUUAUUUCCAGAAGAGCGACAAAGAUAUUGCUGCAAAAUAAAUUAAGAUUUGACUUUGGAUAUCAAAGACAUUUUAAUGUCUAGUUAUUGUUGUUGGUUAUUACAAGUUUAACUAUAACCUGAGAACUGAUCUACAUUAUGUAAUGUUCUGUGGUUAUAGUCAGGUAUGACAUAUGUU